CUGUGUUCUAAUUUUACGAUAAAGAGAUUGUUUAUCUCAUAUACAAGCGAUUCACCUUGUGCGUCAGUUGUUAAAUCAGACCUUUUACCGCAUCAGGAGAUGGUGGAUUAUUUUAGCUUACUUGUGUUUGGUCUUUUUCUGCUGCCCUUGGCAUGUACAGAAACCCAAGUAAGAUUAGUACAAGACGGCAGUGCCUAUCGAGGCUAUGUUGAGAUCUUACACGACGGACAAUGGAGGGCUCUGUGUAGCCAAUACAAUCCAACAGCAACUGAAACAGCCAAUGUUAUAUGUGGGAUGCUGCGAAACACAACACAAUACACCGUAAAUGCAACAUUGUCGUCCUCUUACCAUCCGGAUAUGACAAGCGGUAUUUCAUUGCCAAAUCUUCGAUGUGAUGGAGAUGAAAUAGACAUUCUGUUCUGCAAGUCAAACCGAUGGUCGGUGCAAGGCAUUUGCCCUAAUGGAGUGGUUCACGUAUCUUGCAACACUCAGGUUUACAGCAAUAUGGUCAAUGGCGGAGUGGUUGGGAACCCUUAUACCAUAUUUCAUAUCUGUCAGGACUAUUUCUCUGAUGCUGAUGCUACUGUGUACUGUCGGACUGCGUAUCUACCAUCAUGGAACGUUAGUUAUACGACGGGAGCGAAUACAGACUAUUCAUCUUACAAGCUGCGAUUGGGUUGCCAAGGAAACGAAGAAGAUGUUUCUGAGUGUAACAUCUAUGAGACUUACUGCAAUGGGAACCCGUAUAACGGAGUGGAUAUUGUUUGUAAAGAAACUGAAAUCAUACUCGUUGGUGGGCCUAACAAUUUUCACGGAACGAUAAGCGUCAAUGAAAAUGGCUACAUGAGAUACAUCUGCUCAGACGGGUUUGGGCCGAGCGAAGCACGCGCAGUGUGUGCAAAUCUAAAUGGCACAGCGGUGCCAGGCAAAAUCACUCGUGUAUAUGUUGGAAGUAACUACGGCUUGAUAACCAACCUUCGAUGUCAUGGAAUGGAGUCCGAUAUUUCCAUGUGCACAUCUACACGGAAUGGAUACUGCAGCAGUGGAUACGCUGCAGCUGUUGACUGCAAUCAAGUCCGGCUAAUGGAUGGCUCUGACGACAGCAGUGGCCGAUUGGAGAUCUACAACACUUCCUCCAAGUCAUGGAGCACACACAGUCUGUCGGAGACCAGGUUUUUCGUAUGACGAGGCGAACGUCGUUUGCCGUCAAUUAGGGUUUUCCAAUGGCUUGAAUGGGUACAGCACAAGAGGGAGUGGUGGGAAAGGAGACAUAUUUACAUCCGUGUUUAAUUGCCAUGGUUACGAGUCGGAUCUCAACGACUGCCUGGUUGACCACCAUCGGAGUGUGCACUGUAGCCAUCAGGACGAUAUAUAUCUAAAU